CGGUUCGUAGUUGCUUGUUUUAAAAACAAUGAACAUCAUACAAGUGUUUUUGUGCUUAAUCGUACUCGCGAUUUUAGCGAAAUUUAUUCAUAAAAAGAAAUACAAACGGUUAUAUGAAUUACUAGAGCAGUUUCCUUCAUAUCCAACCUACCCUUUGAUUGGAAAUGCGCACCUACUCAUUGGUUCGACAGAAGGUGUACUGGGAAGAUUGGAAAAAAUAAUGCAGCCUUAUGAUCGUGUAAUAUAUUGGAUUGGUCACACACCGAUUUUGUUUCUAAAAAAACACGACGACAUCGCGGUUGUUUUGAAUCAAAGUCAGGAUCGCGACAUACUCGAAGCUACAGAUGAAUGGCUGGGUAUAGGUUUGCUAAAUGCUAGAUAUAAAGAAUGGCUAAAGUCCAGAAAAAUGCUAGCACCUGCUUUCAGCUCACAUAUGCUUUCAAAAUAUAUGACAGUCUUCAACAAAAAUGCCUCGAGUCUUGUUGAAAAUCUGAAGCCUGUUGCAGAAAUGGGAGAACAAAUAGACGUUUUGGACUGGGUGAUGAAUGUGAAUCUGGAUGGCAUUACUGAAAAUGCAAUGGGCAUUUCCAUUCAACUCUGUGGAAAGAUGGGAAAAGAAUUUUGCGAAGCGAUGAUAGAGGGUCUUAAACAUGGAGUGAAACGUUUUCAAUGGCCUUGGCUACUUUCAUACCACAUCUACAUGAUUUAUUUGAGAAUUAGUGGAAAAAUCAAAUGCAUAGAUCAUUUACAGUGUUUGCCAACAAAAAUACUACAAGAAAACAUAGAGAAUAAUAUUCAAGAUUUUCAAGCGAAUACAUCCAAAUCCGUAGUCGAUUUACUCAUCAAGAGCAGUGUGACAGAUUCAAGUUUCAAUGAAAUACGAAUGAGAGACGAAUUAUUACAUAUCAUUUCAGCGGGAGUUGAAACCACUGCACUAAGUCUUAGCUUUCUGAUGUUGAUGCUCGCUAUGAAUCAAAAUAUCCAACAAAAAGUAUACGAAGAAAUUACACAAUUCGUAGCAGAUGAUGAAAUGCUCAACGAGACUCACUUGAACAAUUUCAGAUACCUCGAACAAUGCAUACAAGAAACAUUGAGAAUGUUCAGUCCAGUGAUGCUAACUAGCAGACGCACUCAUAAAGAAAUCAUUUUGAAAGAUAAUAAAAUAAUUCCAGCGAAUACAUUGGUUGUAACAUUUAUACAUUUCUCAAAUUACGACGCCGAUUUGUAUGAAAAUCCUUUCAAAUGGGAUCCGGAACAUUUCAGUGAUCAAGCUGUACAACAACGACCCAAAACAGGUCAACUGACAUUUGGGUAUGGGGCACGAUCUUGCAUUGGUAAAUAA